AGAAACGCUUAACGUAAAACCAGUUAUUUCACUAUCCUAUUCGAUUUGCUGUUGAACUAUUCACUGCUGGCAAAUAGCUGUGAGAUUGUCAAGACACUUGAUAUUCAUAAUCGUUAUAUAUAUUAUCAUCGCGUUUUAUUAGUGAUUAGCCGUCUUGUUUUUCAUUAGUUCAUUGUGCUGCGCAGCUUUGAGCCAUUAGCACAUUCGUUAGUUACAUUUUUAAAUUUUUAGCGACACGCUCCUCUACAGAUUACAAUGGUGUUUUUGGAUAUCGACGAAGGUCUGUACAAGAUCUAUCUAUUCUAUUCGUCCGUGUUAGUGCUGAAAGUCUUGGCGAUGGCUGUGCUUACGGCCAGGCAACGAUUCUCAAAGCUGGUAUUUGCUAACCCUGAAGACACAAUAUUGAAUAAACGGUCAAAAGUUAGAUUUGAUGAUGUUGAUGUUGAAAGAGUUAGAAGGGCUCAUCUCAACGAUCUAGAAAACAUUCCGUUCUUCAUAAUUGCUUGUUUUGGAUACUUACAAACUAAUCCAAAUUUCUUCAUUGCUGCUUGUUUAAUAAGAAUAUUCGUAGCUAGUAGAAUAAUUCAUACAAUAGUCUAUGCUGUGGUUGUUUUACCACAACCAGCAAGAGGUAUAGCCUGGGGAGUUGGAUAUGCAAUUACCAUUUAUAUGGCUGUUCAAGUUCUUUUAAAUUUUGUAUAACAAUUCUAAAAAUAAAAUUUUUUUAAAAUUUAGUAA